GUAGAAUUCAUUACUCAGCUCACAUGUAACCAAGUUUGAAUCUGUAUAUUCACGCGGGUUACUGAGAAGACAACGGGAAAAUGGCAAGACUACCCUCAGCCUGGGCGUUGCUCCUGCUUGCCGGAGCCGUGCUUGUUGUAUACUCUGACAUGGUCAACGGAGACGUCAUACCAAACGUUUCAUUUCAUACUGCCAAAUUCGGCUUAUCGUCGUGGGGGGCAGCUCCUGGUGUGAACAAUCUGAGGGUUGCCUUCUGGGUCAAAGUAACCACGUAUUCGUCAACUGUUCAGGACCUGACAGGCACCGGCCUGUGGAAGCUCUCACUCUCAGCCAGCAGAACAAACGUUACAUCUGGAGCGCCAGAUAUCAAACAAAGUUUGUCAUCGGGACAAAGUAGCACACCGCUGUCUGGAGGCGUCUUGCACAUAAAGACCGAAGCUGUUCUGAGCGGAAUGGGUGGUUGCGAUGGGGACAAGGCCUAUAUUUGCUUCAAACUUGCCAAGGGGGAUAACCCACAUCCCUUGUUUAAGCUUGCAUCUCCAAUCAAAGGUUGCUUAAAGCUGCCGUUGAAGUGUAAAGAGUAAAGGAAUCUGUUUCAUGGGUGAAAGGUGAGACGACUUGUGAGGGAACGUUUGACCAUGCUUUGGCGCAACUUAUCGAUUGAAACAUCACAUUAUGGAUUUUAAAUAUAACGUAAAUUAGCUAAUCUCUGGUUAUGAUGUAAAAGGUGGUCGGGGCUUGCUUCAAACCACAACGAUUAAAACUGCUGACGGCCGUGAAAAUUCACUCCAAUGAAAGUUGUGUUUCUGUCUCCAUUUUGUAUCCCCUUCCUAUAGUCGAGUUAUUAAGUAUUAUGUGUCCCUCUAUUCAAAAGUUAUUAUAUCAUAGUUUUGUUAUCAUAGCUCCUUCGUUUUUGUUUUAUUAUAAUACAAAUUUUUUUCGUUCAACGUAGGUCUACUCCACUUUGAGUUCAAUUGUAAAUUUGUUUUUGUUUGUUCCUUUUCUUUUUUUUGCUGAAAUUAUUUCGUUGUGUAUUUUGUCAGUGUCAUAUUUUCAAAACACCGCCUUUUGGCUUCGGUAAAAUGCAUCCGUAUUGGUUUACUCCGUAUCCAUGACAUUGUAUAUUAUUUUCAUUUCAUUAUUAAUUUGUUGUUAUUCAAUAUUUUUUUCCAAUCAGUUCUCGACAGUCUUUGACUUAAUUUAUUUUACUAAAAUUGUUGUAAUCUUCUCCUCUGUUCACCAAUAUGAAAAUAAAU